ACAGGUGUCGUCUCUUCAUGGGCUCUCAAUACAAGAACUAGGAGUCCGGCUUGUCUAGGGUUAAUAUUUCAUCGUAUAAAGUUCACAAUGGCAAACUGUAGUAACAUAAUGAGGGUUAGAGUAGAUCUUUCAGCAACAGAAAUUAAUAGUUUAAGUUCUUUCUGUUGGUUGUCUGUGGAUAUUUCAAUUGUGAAAAGAGUGUCAGAUUUUGAAAAUCUAAUAAUACGGAGGUUUCAGCUAAAUCCUCAACAUAAACUUCAACUUUAUGUGAAACAUUAUUUACUACCUUCUGAUGAAACUAUCUUUCUGGUUAGGGAUGAUGAUCUUGUGAGAGUUGUUCCUGCAACAGAAAAUUUGUGUUCUGAACCAUCAUCUAAAACUGAACAACUUUGUGCAUAUAUUCCCAGCCAAGAAGUUGAUGUUUUGUUAGAAAAUAAUGGACCAAAGCACCAUAAACACAAGAAAAAGAAAAGAAAACAUGAUAAAGAUGAAAAUGAAAUGGAAGGAGUUUCUCUUGAGUCCAAGUUUAUAAAAAAACAGCGAAAACAUUUUAAAUGUUCAACAGAAAAUGUCCAGGAACUAGAAACAAAUAAAACACCUGUCUUCAAUGUGUAUAGGACUGAUACUGCUUACAUUGAAGAUAAUACUAAUGAUCAGAAGAUAAGUGAGGAAGGAAUUGAAAUAACAAAAAACAAGAAAGAAAAUGAGGCAAGAACGAAAGAUAUUUCUUCAGCUAAAGAAUUAAAUGAAGAUACCACUCAGGAAGAAAUGAAAAAUAUUACACCCAGUAAGUCUGAGGAUUGUGAAACCAAAACCAAUGAGGAAGAAAAAGAAUAUGAAUUUUUGGAAAAGAAAAUGCAUAAAAGAAAACGUAAGAGAAAGAGCAAGAAGAGCUUAGAAAUUGAGCCAAGUAUCAAUGCACAUAAUGAGAGUUCAGUCAAAAUUUUACAGAUGUCUUCAGGAAAUAACUUGGAAAAAGAAACAAAAACCACUAGAGAAACACUGCCCUUUCAUCCUCGAUUCAUGGCAAUAAGAGGAAUAAAGAAAUAUGAAAACAAGCAUAUUAAGUUUGAUUAUGAUGAUAAAGAUGACAUUAGCAAAGAAAACUAUACUGGAUUAUGUCCUAAAGCCACCAGUACUCCAUUUGAUAGUUUAAGUUAUACAUCAUCUAUGAGGAACACUUCAGAUAAAAUCAGUAAAAAUACCAGUACUUUUAAUUCAACAGUAGAAGUGAGUAGCUCGGUAAGCAAUAGUUUAAAAAAUUGCACCUCUGACCUAAUUAAUGGUUCACCUGAGAAAAUUGGAACAAGUAAAGAUAUGAGCUGUAGAGAAACCUUAUCCUCUGUGUACAAAAAUGUUAUUUCACCAUCAAUUACAACCUUUGCAGUAUCAGAUAAUUCAGAUGUGAAUAAGAGUCAGAAAAGUUAUUCUUUUGAUUGUGUACAGAAGAAAAAUCCUCCAGAAGCAAAGCAAAGAUUCAGGGAAUUAAGUAAAAAAGAACAGCUUAAUUCUGUGCUCACAAACAAGUCCAUUUUUUUAAAGUGUCUGUCAGAAGAUCAGCAACCUCCUGUCCUUACAGAGAAUAAACUAAUCCAAAAAAAUUACGAUAAAGAUAUUAAAACACCUCCAGAUUUAACAGGGAAAAAUAAAAAUGUGUUAGCUGAAAAUUCAAGGCCACAGAUAAAGAAAAAAAACUUUAGUCAAUAUCCCCCUCUUAGAGGUCCACCUAGGCCUGGAGAUAUUAUUGCUUACAAGAUCUUGGAGCUUUCUGCGUCAUAUUGUCCUGAGAUUUCAGAAUACAAGGAAGCUACUGUUGUUAACUAUAAUUUUACAAGUGAUACAGUUGAAGUUGAAUUAGUUGGUGAUGAGGUACCAGUAGUUGGAAUUGGGAAGUUUGAUUUGCCUGUAGAAAAUGAGGAUGAGGAAACAACAGUAUGGAAAAAUAAUAAAGUUGAAGUUGCCUGGACAUCAAUGAUUGAACCUCGGCUCCUUUCAUCGUAAGUAAAGGCAACAUGUACCUCCAUGAGAAAUUCCUGAAAUGAAGAAAUUGGAAUCAUGACAUUGCACAAGAAUUUAGAAGAAAGUGUGAUCUAUGUUUAAAAAAAAAAUAAGGAAUUUGUACUGAAUCAGUUUUAUCUGACCAGGUUUAAAAGUGAGCAUGUAUUUUUAACAUAGCUCAAACCUUUUGCCCAAGCAUUGUCUUUUGUUUUCAUACUGUCAAGUGACUCCUUGUAAUACACAACAAUAAACUUUGUAUAAAAGUUGA